AUGUCGUCGUUAAAAUUUCGCGCAACAGUAGUUGAUAUUAAAUCAACAUCCAACGCUGUCUGGUGGAUUAAGAAUCCCACAGAAACAUGGAUGCGAGGCAUUCGGCACAAGCAACAGAGUCAACGUAAGCAAUCUGAACAUGCAUCCUUGUGUCAUGAUUUGGCAGAUUUAUUUCGCAACAUAUCCUUGCACGGCUAUGCAAAUUUGAUAAUAACACAGCACAGCGUUUGGGAGAAAUUAAUUUGGCUGGCGGUGCAUGCGACAACCUUGUUUGCUUUGCUGACAGUGCUUCUGCUUACCUGGGAGCAAUUCGUAGCUCAAUACUUCGCUAUCAAUUUACACGAUCCACUUUAUGCAGUCGAAAAUGUGCCAUUUCCGGCUGUCUCCAUUUGCUCCAACAAUAGAAUUUCCCAACAAGAGGCUAUGACAUAUGCAAAUCAAUUACAUAAAAGUGAUCCAUCGAAUCGUUCAGUAGUUUAUUUUUUGGAAAGUAUUCAACUAUUAAACAAUCUCUACGUUAAACAUGGAGAAACAAUUAACACUGAAGCUUUAACCAACUUUCAAGCUUUCUUGGAUACUCAUGAUGCAUGGAAUAAUGAUGCUUUUUAUGAUACCCGAAGAUUUAUGAGAAUGUUAGCACCAGCCUGUAAAAAUUUCAUAUUGGAAUGCAAAUUGGCGGAGAAAAAUAUUGAAUGUUUCAGUAAAGUUGCCUUUGAAGAGAGUUUAACCAUGUUCGGACCGUGUUGCACAUUCAAUCUAAAUGAUUCUUAUAAGCAACGAAAUUAUACAACUAGAUUUGCUAGUCCUGAUACUGGCUUGACUGUUGUUCUCAAUAAUACCGUCGAUAGGGAAACGUUCGGUGCAAUACUAGAUAUUGAUGGCUAUAUUGUAAUGCUGCAUAGACCAAAUGACUAUGCGGAUAUAUCGUCUGGAAGUACUCAAUUAGUAUUCCCAACACAUAAUAGUGAAUCUUUUUUAUCAAUUAAUGCACGACUUUUUGAUGCCGAUGACGCCUUACGUUCUUAUAGUCCUAAAACUAGGAAAUGUGCAUUCAACGAUGAAGCAACCAAUUCGGAAAUAAUCUUGAGAGAUGCUUACAGCUUUGCAAAUUGUAUCUCCCGUUGUCGAAUAAACAGUAUUAUAGCUCUCUGCCGCUGUCUACCAUUUUAUAUGCCUUUGGACUUAGUGGAUCGUAUAGAUGGUGUGGUCUAUUGCAAUUUGAUACAUGUUUCCUGCUUGCGACGUUAUAAUUUUAAGUGGCGUAACGUAUUGACAAAACGUGAAACUAUACCAGGACUUGAACGUGAAGCAGAAGAAGCACUCUACUGUCCGCAAUGUGAACCAUCCUGUUAUGAUGUACAAUACCAAGUUUCGUUGAUGUCUUUACCAAUUGAAAGAUAUCAAGUGGAACUAGAUAAUUUAAAUGAUACUAAAAAUAUAUCUGUAUUAAAUGUUUAUUUUGAAAAACCCUAUGCAAAAUAUUAUAGACGAGUUAUUGGUAAUACUUGGUAUGAGAAUUUUAGCACAGUUGGAAAUAUUUUAUCAAUUUUUUUAGGUUUUUCAGUAAUAGCUAUUUUUGAAACACUCUUCUUUAUUGGAAAAUAUUUAAUUAUGGGCUUAAAAAGUUUUUUCCAAGAUCAACGUUUACCUAAAAACGAUACCGAUAAUUUGGAUCCAACAAAAUUAUAUAUAUGUCCAUAA